AAGCAGGUAAAUUCAUGCCGAAGGGGCUCUGAGGCGGACUAUAAUAUUCGAGCUCCCCGAAAUUUGUAUAUCGAUCAAAGGUGCGCCCACAGCUAUUAUGACCGUAAUUUCAUCAACUCAGCGAAAGGCCUCUUUUCAUCGCUCGCUUUUGGGGAUAGCAGGGAGCCGAAAGUC